CUCAAACCAUUUUCAACAUAUUUUCGUGGUCUCUCCCCGAACGGAGCCCCAAGUCUCAACCCGAGAUCUGAGAGCAGUUCCUCGCUCUCUUUUCCUCCGUUUUCCCCCAACAAACGGCAUUUUUCCCUUGCGUUUCCUUGUAAUCUCUGUUUGGAGGACUCAGAAUCUGUUUUUCUCUAGAAUUCUGGUUCCGAUCUGAAAAACAAACAAAAAAUGGAGAAAUCUUGUAGUCUGCUCAUCUACUUUGACAAAGGGACCCCUGCUAUUGCAAAUGAGAUAAAGGAAGCGCUUGAAGGCAAUGAUGAUUAUGCAAAGAUUGAAGCCAUGAAAAAGGCAAUCAUGCUUUUGUUGAAUGGUGAAACCUUACCUCAGCUUUUCAUCACUAUAGUUCGAUAUGUAUUGCCAUCUGAAGAUCACACAGUCCAGAAACUGUUACUUCUUUAUUUGGAGAUUAUUGAGAAAACUGAUGCAAAAGGUAAGGUUAUGCCCGAAAUGAUUUUGAUUUGCCAGAAUCUGAGGAAUAAUCUUCAGCACCCCAACGAGUACAUCCGUGGUGUAACAUUAAGGUUUCUUUGCCGAUUGAAUGAGGCUGAGAUAAUUGAGCCUUUGAUCCCUUCUGUUUUGCAAAAUUUGGAGCAUCGACAUCCAUUUAUUAGGAGAAAUGCAAUUCUUGCUGUAAUGUCAAUUUAUAAGCUUCCACAAGGUGAGCAGCUUUUGGUUGAUGCACCUGAAAUGAUUGAAAAGGUUCUUUCUACGGAGCAGGAUCCAUCAGCAAAAAGGAACGCAUUUCUUAUGCUUUUCACUUGUGCCCAGGAUCGUGCUAUUAAUUAUUUACUAACCCAUGUUGAUAGGGUUCCAGAAUGGGGAGAAUUGCUUCAGAUGGUUGUGUUGGAAUUGAUCCGAAAAGUCUGCAGAACCAACCGGGGAGAGAAGGGAAAGUACAUAAAGAUCAUUAUAUCUUUAUUGAAUGCCCCUUCAACAGCUGUUAUUUAUGAAUGUGCUGGAACUCUUGUUUCUUUGUCCUCUGCUCCUACGGCAAUUAGAGCUGCAGCCAACACCUAUUGUCAGCUUCUUCUCUCUCAGAGUGAUAACAAUGUGAAACUUAUUGUACUUGAUCGCCUUAAUGAACUCAAGUCUUCUCAUAGAGAAAUUAUGGUUGACAUGAUAAUGGAUGUGCUCAGGGCACUUUCAAGUCCAAACCUUGACAUUAGAAGGAAGACACUUGAUAUUGUGCUUGAGUUGAUAACUCCACGGAACAUCAAUGAGGUUGUUCUUACCUUAAAGAAGGAAGUUGUGAAGACUCAGAGUGGAGAGCUUGAGAAGAAUGGGGAGUAUCGGCAAAUGCUCAUCCAAGCAAUUCAUUCUUGUGCAAUUAAGUUUCCUGAAGUGGCAAGCACAGUGGUUCAUCUGUUGAUGGAUUUCUUGGGAGACAGCAAUGUGGCUUCAGCUAUCGAUGUGGUUGUUUUUGUGCGAGAGAUAAUUGAGACCAACCCAAAACUUAGGGUCUCAAUAAUAACUAGGCUGUUGGACACUUUCUACCAGAUCCGAGCUGCACGUGUUUGCUCAUGUGCUCUUUGGAUCAUUGGAGAGUAUUGUCUCUCACUCUCUGAGGUUGAGAAUGGUAUUACAACCAUUAAACAGUGUCUUGGGGACUUACCUUUCUUCUCUGUCUCUGAAGAAGGGGAAGCUUCUGAUUCUUCAAAGAAGGUUCAGCAAGUGAAUGCCACUACUGUUUCUUCCAGAAGACCGGCUGUCCUUGCUGAUGGGACUUAUGCCACCCAGAGUGCCGCCUCUGAAACUGCUUUCUCACCUCCUACCGUUGUUCAAGGAUCCUUGUCUUCUGGGAAUUUGAGAUCCCUUCUUCUCACUGGUGACUUUUUUCUGGGGGCAGUUGUGGCCUGCACACUGACAAAGCUUGUUCUGCGAUUGGAAGAGGUUCAGCCAUCAAAAGCUGAAGUUAACAAAGUAUCUAGCCAAGCAUUAUUGAUCAUGGUCUCAAUGCUGCAAUUAGGGCAAUCUUCAGUUCUUCCUCACCCAAUUGAUAAUGAUUCUUAUGAUAGGAUUGUUCUCUGUAUAAGAUUGCUUUGCAAUACUGGUGAUGAUAUCAGGAAGAUAUGGCUGCAGUCUUGCCGCCAGAGUUAUGUUAAAAUGCUGGCAGACAAACAGUUAAGGGAAACAGAGGAGAUAAAAGCAAAGGCUCUGAUCUCUUAUGCCCAGCCAGAUGACCUCAUUGACUUUUACCAUUUAAAGAGCAGGAAGGGCAUGAGUCAGCUGGAGUUGGAGGAUGAAGUCCAAGAUGAUUUAAAACGUGCAACUGGAGAGUUCAUCAAGGAUGGGGAUGAUGCAAAUAAGCUAAACCGCAUUCUUCAACUCACUGGAUUUAGUGACCCUGUAUAUGCAGAAGCAUAUGUGACAGUUCAUCAUUAUGAUAUUGUCCUUGAUGUUACUGUUAUCAAUCGAACAAAGGAGACCCUCCAGAAUCUGUGCUUGGAAUUGGCCACUAUGGGUGAUCUUAAACUUGUUGAUCGUCCGCAAAACUAUACUCUAGCUCCUGAAUCAAGCAAGCAAAUAAAGGCCAAUAUUAAGGUGUCUUCAACUGAAACUGGUGUCAUAUUUGGGAACAUUGUUUAUGAGACUUCAAACGUGCAUGAGCGAAUGGUUGUUGUCCUCAAUGACAUUCACAUUGACAUCAUGGACUACAUAUCUCCUGCUGUUUGUACUGAUGUGGCCUUCAGAACUAUGUGGGCAGAGUUUGAAUGGGAAAACAAGGUUGCUGUCAACACAGUAAUACAGAAUGAGAAGGAAUUUCUUGAGCACAUUAUCAAAUCAACCAACAUGAAGUGCCUCACUGCCUCGUCAGCACUGGAUGGUGAUUGUGGAUUCUUGGCUGCUAACCUCUAUGCAAAGAGCGUGUUUGGGGAGGAUGCCUUGGUAAACAUAAGCAUUGAGAAACAGGCAGAUGGGAAACUGAGUGGGUACAUCAGGAUAAGGAGCAAGACCCAGGGGAUUGCUCUCAGUCUUGGGGACAAGAUCACUCUCAAGCAGAAGGGAGGCAGUUGAUGCGGUCCAGAAUAUUAUUAAUGUUCUCCAAUCAAACAGGUGCUUGCCUCCCAAUUCUGAGGAUUGGAUCUGGCAUUUUUUGUUGUUCCCUUUUGGGUCGGUACGGAAAUAGUUGUAAUCGGGAAGCAAGAUUAUUUCAUUUUGGAGCUACAAAUCUAAUGCGGAAGAAAAGGUUGCUGAACAAUAAGGGCUUUCUCUCAUCAUGUCAUGCCUUGUUGAAACAUAGUUUUUCUCUGAUUCUUUUACAACUUUUGAUUGUAGUUAGUUUUUAGUGUGAUGGCUUGUUCGAACCCUUUCUAUAGUUUUAAACCUUUGCCCACCUGUUUUGGAGGUUACAUCUUUGUUUGGUUCAUUACCAAACAAGACAUUUAUGUUAGAUAAUUUUAAACAUUUUUCCUUUCUCUA